AUGUCGGUGUCCGUCAGUUCUCCUCCGGAGGGAGCGACACCCGAGAGCCGCAGGACGAGGAGAUCCAGCGCUGCUGUCACUAACCUGGUGGCAGAGCUUCCUCAGGUGAGAGAGAGGACACCUGUAAAAGACCGAAGCAGCCUGCAAGUGCAUGAUGAUUUAAUUCCAGACGAGCUCCUUGCAACUUUAAGAUCCACCACCUGUCCUCAAGACAGACUCGGACCCCUCAGAUUAACCAAAACUCCUAAAGACUUCAAGAUUUGUUUAAUACAUCGCACUGAUGCAGUGUGGCACCAUCCAGCUAGACGCAAGAAAUACCAAUACUUUCUCAACCAGCCGACCUCUCUGACUGGAGCUGGAAGAGACAUAUCCUUCCUCUGUGAUGCUCGAUUGCCUCUCCCACCAAUGGCUGAACGAAGCCCCGCUCAGGGAGAUCAAAAUGACGUGAGUUCACUGGAAACAUUAAUCCCGGAAGAAUAUCACAUCAUAAAAAACAAAGGCCUUAAGGGACUGCAGUGCUAUGAUGACAAAUUCACAGUUCUCCUAGAAGAUGACAAACAGAAGCUAAGAGUCUUUCCAUCAAUGAAACCAAGCGGCCGUCUUGAGGUGGUACAGUUAAUGAAAGUGAUGGACAAAAUGUUGGAAAAAGCAGGUGUCAAUCAAGAGUUUCAAGAGCUAACCGAACUCUCACAGAUUGAAAAUUUACUGGAGCUGGUUCAAAUCGAGCAGAACAUCUACAACAUAGUAUUCCACGAGCUAAUCCGCCAGGUCAGCGUCGAAUGUGCCGAGAGAGGACAACUCCUCGCCAAGAUCAGGGAGAGGUACGUGGCUCUACUUGACCGUAUCCCACGGCAGGUGAAGGGUCUGCACACAGAAACCUUAGCGCAGAAGGCUCUAGACCGUCGGCUCACUGAAGAGAUCAUUCACUUCAAAACCUCCAUUGCAAAGUUUAAUUUGGAACUGAGUGCUAUGAAAGAACAUGAUGAGAAUGUGUCCAAAGAGGCAGAGGAAGUCAAAGAGGAGCUCGCUAAAGCCCUGGAGGAGUCGCAACGCAAUGCAAAUAUUGUAGCAGAGUACCAUGAGCUUUAUGAGCUGCAGCGAAGGAGACUUGAAGGACAGAUGUCUCAGCUAUAUGAAGAAAGGGACCUCUGGAGAAAAGCCACCUAUAGUCUUGCAGUCAAGAUAAUAAAGAUAAAUAAACUUCAUUUGGUCAGAUGGCUACAUAUUAGUGAGCACACCUGGGCCAAGACUGCAGAUCAUUUCACUGUUUUCCUAACAGCAAAGGACUUUGAGGAUGUUUCUGACAUCAUGGAAUUGACUGACCAGUGGAAAGAUAAACUGACCAACUUCAUGGAGAACCUCAGAGAGGCUGAAAGCAAACAGCGCGAGACUAUCGAAUCUGUCCGUGCUAACGUUGUCAAGUGGCACAAGUUUUAUGAAGACAAAUCAAGGCACCCUAAUAUGAACGUUGACAAGUCUCAAGAUGAGCUGUCCCAAGACCUGAAGCAAUGGUCAAAGGUGUUGACACAGCAGUGUGAGCGAUAUGGAGGAGAGGACCUAGUGUCUGGUCAGGAAACACUGGAAAUGCUAACAAACCUACAAGAGUCCUGGAUUGAGGUUUGUCUCCAGCUCUUUAGGAGACACCCUGGUUCAGAUGGAGGGCCACCUAAAGGCCAGGAGGCCAUGAGGGAGCUGGCAAAGGUCAUUACAGAGCUCCAGAACCAACUAAGAAUCCGUAUUAGUGGAGAAAGUGGGAUCCAUGCGACACUAAUGUUGCUUAUUGAAAAUAUGGAGUUCUGGUCAAGAAGAUUAAAGUCCUUGAGUGGACUUCCAGAGGAGCAGUCUUUGGGUGAUUGCCUCAAGUUGGAGGAAACUCUUGGCAACUUGAUGAAUCUGUCUAAGGAGACUCUCCAACUAGUGAACAGCACACAGUCAGAACGGGACAGGGCUAAAAAGAAACCCCACACCAAGAUUGAAAUGGAUGAUGUCUUAAAGGCAAUGAAGGAAUUCCGGUUCUCUCAAGAAAACUUUUUCAACUGUGAAAAUAUGAGGCUUCAUGAGGAGGUAACUUCUCUUCACACCAAGUUGAUUCGGUGGAUGGUGGACCUUCUGCUACUGAUGGUGCCAGUCCAAGAACCGAAUCUUCCAACUCCUGAAUUGAACGCCACUGUGGACGUGUCUGUUGAGAAGCUGGAGGAGGAUGCCAGGAACCUCUCUGGGAAACUUGACUACUUCUCCAAGUACAUCACAAGCUCUUGUCAGGCUAUUGUGGAGGAGGCAAUCCGGAAGAGCUCAACUCAGGAUGACACAGAGAAUGAGCUCUACCAACUUGCUAAACUUCAGAAAAAGUGUGGCGAGUGGGUGGAGGCCUGUCGAAUACUACUGGCAGAUGUGAAGGGAAGCCCUGUGGACCUGCAGCUGUCUGAAAAAACUUCGCCACAGCCUCUCGAGCAACAACCAGAGGAACCUACCAAAGAAGAUGAAGAGGAACCCUUGACCAUAAAAGACACCACUGGGCCUUAUUCUUUCCAAAGUGCUGAUGAAUAUGGGGAAGAAAAGGCCAGCAGACAUGACAAAGAUGGCUCAGUCAUGAAGCUAAUUGGUUAUGAUGGCAAUAUCACUGAGAAGAACUUAGGAGUGGACACCGUCCAACUUACAGGGACUGAAGAACUUGUGGUAUCCCCUCACACUGAAAAUGCCAAGGAAGCCUUCAAUGCAUUAGAAACAGUGAGAACUCUUCAGCAAGAGCUUCUGGAUGUAGAGACGCGAGCUAUCAGCGCAGAGGUACGAGCGCUAAAGGCAGAGGAAGACCUACAGGUAGCUCUGGACAAGAUACAAGAUCUGGAGAGGCAGCUACAGGCUCGGCCCAGUGUGGAGACCAAGUCGAGCAAGAAGAACAUUGCACCUGCACACAAGGCCCCCAGCACCCCUUCUGAAGCUAAAACGAGAAGUCAGAAACCUGAAGCCAGCCCAAAACUGUCCAGAGGCACCAAAAAACACUAAAUGGGAAUAAACACCAUACUGGAGCUCAUGUGGGGCAAAAUAAUAAAGUAUA